UAGUACAUUCGAUAAGGUUAUUUACAUGAUAUUUUGUAUUUUGGUCUCAAAUUUCUAGUAGAAAAUCAUUGUUUUGUUGAUUAGACAAAUUAAGUUAUAUUUAUGAGUGAAUUUUGUAGAUCUUUCAUGAAUCAAGUUUAUUUCGUGGUCCAAGGAUACACUUUGCGUCAAAAUGGGAAGGAGAUUUAAUUUUUCCUUCACUAAGACAUGCCAUCCUCUCGACGACAACGGAACCUCCACCCAGAUACUACAACAAAACUAAUAAUAAUUUAUGAAAACUGACAAAAGGCAACCUACGAUAUCAAGGACACGAAAAACAAUUUUUUUAUAGAGUAAUACCAUUAUUUAUCAAAAAAGAAUUAUACGGUAAACGGGUGGUGGUUUACCUAAGUCAAAAUAAUUAAGGAAGGACAAUAAAAUUGAAUACAAAGAGAGAUGAUCACCCCGGUAGCAGUGGAGAUAGUAAGAGUUAAUGAGUCCUGGUGGAUAUUAAAAAGGGAAUGAGGAAUCCAGCUCUUCGUUUGGUCGGGAUAGCGGCGUCACCAGGGGGUGGCGGCGUUUUUGGCACUAGGGCCGAGGAGGAGUUGCGCUUGUGGCUUGAGUCACGCUUGGACGCAUUGGGGAUUGACCCAGUGGCGUACUCGCGCUUUGUGCUCAGCCUGUUGCGCCGCCCCGACUCGGCCCUGAGUCCCCUCGACGACGAAAUCGGUCGGAGCGGUGGACGACGUCGUAUUCGGUCAAGAGCACAUUUGCAAGGCGACAGAGAACAACGACGCGCCGUCGUUCAAUGUCUUACCAAUGCUGCCGAUCAGAAAUGUCUGGGAGUAGAGUCAUUGGUUGAUGAACUCUGUGCUAAGUUGAGAGACCUCGAGGGUAGUGAAGCUAAUGAAAAAGAGGAAGAAGAAUGUCGAAAAAUAGAGGGAGAACCAAAGAGUAACUUUGAAGCACUUACUCCUCGUGACAGGGCUCUCAGAUACUACGCCGCUUUUCCAGCCUUACAACCUACCACCCCGAAGAGAAAUAUUCACAGAAAGGACAAGAACUUCGGUGCCGCUAACAACAAAAAUCGAAACAUCGGUCUUACUACCGCUACUACUAAUAAAAAUAAUAAUAAUAAUAAAAAUCAUAACAAUAAUAAUAAUCAUAAGAACCACAAAAAUAAAAAUAGUGAUAAUUUCAACGCUAAAGGAAAGAAGAAAACUAAAAUGUCGAUUGUUCAGGCCUUUGAAACUCGUCAUAUGGACGAAAAAGAAACUUUUGGAUUUGCUAAAUCAAUGGAGAAAGAACGCGAAAGAGAACAAGAACGUGAAUUAGAAUUAGAUAAAUUACGUUUAGCUGAAUUACAAGCGAAGUUUAACGAGAGUUUGGAAGCACUUUGGGACAGUGGUCCGGGAAUUAACCAAGAUAAAGCAUCAAUUUGGGCUGCUCCAUCACUUUCAAUUCCUUCAGGCCCACUUUGGCCUGUGGAUCCUGGUGAAGUGUCUCUAAUUUUACCAAUUAACGACAGCGUAUCUACGGUUGAUACUCCUUAUCAAGAAUCGAUUGAUGAUUCUCCAAUUAUUCCCUGGGAUAUUGAUUUAAUUGGAGUUGGCAAGUAUACUGAUGAAAGUUGUGAAAAAGAUAAAAUUGGUUACAAUUUAAGCUGGUCUGAAUAUGGUGGUGAUGGUCCGUGGAAUUGGAAAGAACUUGGGAACAAUUUGAUAAACAUGGACAAAAGUCCUAAAGAUAAAAAUUUCUUUCCAAUUGCCCAACCAAAAACUCCAAAAAAUGAAGUUGAUGCUGAUUUAAAGAUGGAAAGUCAAGAGGAGGAUUUAUUAACUUCUGCUCGCACACAUUUUCGACCAAUUAAAGACGAUGGUCACUGGGCAGAUGGUACUACAUUUCCAGUAAAUAAUCAUCUUGAAAAAAUUACUUACCGUCGUUCUGAAUCUGGAAAUCUACUUUAUUUACCUGGAGAUGAAAAUCCUUAUAUGGAGUUUCGUGAUACACCAUCACCAUCAGCUAAUUUUACACUUAAAUUUCGUGUCCGUCAGUGUGAUAAGGGAAUUCAAACUGAUCCUGUUCGAUCACCAGUUAAACGUAGAAUUCUCGCUGAAGCUGAUCAUAUUUACUAUUCAGUUCAUGAUGAUGAUGUUUUGAUUGCUGAUGAAGAAGAUGAUAAAGAUUUUAUCAUCAAUCAAAUGCCUUGGAUUCAACCGAGUUUGUCGUUACUUAACGAUAGAAAAAGGAGACACAGCAGCAGCUUCAAUUGUCGGCCAUUAACAGCCUUACGCCCGCUGACGUUAUAAAAAAGGCUAUUUCAGUCUCAAGGAAAAAACGGCAAGACGGGUUUUAGCUGUUAUAAUAAUUAAAGAAAGAAUAGUUAAACAAUAUAAAGAAACUAGAAACAAAGCAGAAGCAACAAGAAAGAAAGAACUUUCAACAACACAAAGAAGUUAGUAAAUAAUUACGUAAUUAACGUAUAACAGGGGGGUCCUCUUGGCAUGUGGAAUUUGUUAUGCAUGAACCCAAGGAGGUACAGCUAAACCCCCUUGCUAAAA